AUGAACACUCAGUAUUCUAAUAUAUUAGGAAAUGAAGAAUCAUUGAAUAAUCACAGUUUAGUAUCUAAAGAUUCUCAAUCAACUGUUGUUUCUAAAAUCAAUAGCGAAACAGCAAAAUUAGAACUCAAAAUAUAUUUUGAGGAGUCACAAGAGAUAGAAUCAGAACUGGAUGAAAUAUAUUUUGAGGAGUCACAAGAGGAAAUCAACGAUAUAGAUGAAAUGCAGAAUGAUGCAGGUAAAAUGCAGGAUGAUGCAAACGAAAUGCAGGAUAUUGCAGGUGAAAUGCAAGAUGAUACAAAUAAAUUACAAUAUAAUAAUGAUAAUGACAAACAAGAGUUUUAUAAUGAAUUGUUAUAUAAUUCUGAAAUUGAAAGGUUUUAUAAUGAAUUGUUAUAUAUUUCUGAAAUUAGAGAGUGUUCUAAGAACACACUAGCCUCAGAAAUUAUUGAAAUUGUUAAUUCAGAUGAUAAUUCAAGUGAAAAUCAACAUUAUACUUGGCAGCAAAAAGAGAAGUAG